GCACAGUACAAAGCAGCCAAGGGGGUUCUCUCACCCUUGACCAACUCUUAUAAUAAACUGCAAACAACCCAUACUUCCCAUCAAUUGCACAACUUCAUCAAGUUUUUGGUUAAUUUGAUGUCUCUUUUUCUCUUCCUUAUUCUACUCUCCUUUGGGUUCAUUCAUGAGCAUAGUAGGGAAGAUCAGUACUACUACUGAAUUCUGAAUAGUCUUUUCUCUUCUUCUUGCUUAUCUUUUUUCACAAUUCUUCCUCUAUUUUGUUUGUUGAAUUUAGCCUCAAAAUAAAGCUAUGUAAAGAAAAGAAAACUACUUUCCCACCUUCUCUGAGCCGAUUCUUGGGAAUCAAUCUCUUUUCCAAACUGGGUUUCAGUUUCUCUUACAGUUUUAGAUUAGUUAUUUUUAUUUUAUUAUUAUCAUGAUUCUCUUGAUUCUGAAAACGUGAGUCGUUUCCAAAUUCUUCAAUUUAUGCUAUUUAGCAAAAGUGUAUUCUGAUUCUCUGUAAUUGAUUCUGAAUUCAAGUCUCUUUUUUCUGCAUACACUAUAUUCCUUCACUAUAUCUGUUUGAAUACUUGAAUUAAUAUUCUAGUAAGGAUAUUGACUGUCAAGUAGUAGUAGAUUAAGGAUUUCAACCUAGAUGGAAACUCUUUGCCAGUCUUUGUAUUUUUCGAACUUGAAUAUGUUGAUGCAAGAAAGCAAGAGCCCAGAAUGGACUAAAGAAGAGAACAAAAGGUUUGAAAGAGCUCUAGCGAUGUACGACGAGAAAACUCCUGACCGGUGGCUAAAAGUGACGGCCAUGAUUCCUGGGAAGUCAGUCUAUGAUGUGAUGAGGUGGUACAAGGAACUGGAAGCAGAUGUUAGUAACAUAGAAGCCGGUCGGGUUCCAUUUCCGGGGUACGUCACUUCCUCUGUCACAAUGGAGAUGGUGGAUAAUCACGGGUUUGAUGGGUUUAGAAAGAGGCCGUUGACAGGUCGAUCCUCAGAUCAGCAGAGGAAGAAAGGGGUACCUUGGACAGAAGAUGAGCACAGGCGGUUUCUGAUGGGGCUGCAAAAGCAUGGUAAGGGAGACUGGAGAAAUAUAUCGAGGAAUUUUGUGAAGUCUAAGACACCAACUCAAGUGGCAAGCCAUGCUCAGAAGUACUUCAUUAGGCAGAAUUCCGGAGCAAAAGAUAAAAGGCGGCCUAGCAUCCAUGACAUCACCACUCUUCAUCUCCCAAACAAGAAUGAACCUCUUCCACUGCCUAUGCUUGCAGCACCACACACCACAUCAAAAAUAUCACUCAACUGCUUGGACCAAUCCAACUAUGAAGGUGAUGAAGCGGUUAUGGUUCUUGACUCAACUCAUCGUAACCCUUUCUUGCAGUAUCCAUAUGAGAUUGCUGCUGCUGCUGCUGCUGCUGCUGCUUCACAGAGAGGUGCUCAUGUCGGACCCCUCAAUUCGUUGUUUCAGAUGCAAUCCGCCAUGCAAUAUCAAGUUCGUGGAUGAGCUACUAAACUUUGUAAAAGCCAUCAGUGGUUUCAUGUCAUAUGCUUCAAAUUCUAAAUGAAUGAAAGACUCUUUUGUAGAGUUUUUAAGACCUAACUGGUUUUGUAUAAACUCUUUUUUGGGAUGGUUAGAUAGAUUUGUAUACUAGAAAAUGGCAAUCUAGAGUUCAUUACGGGCAAAGACUUGGCAUGCUUAGCAUUGAUCACAUUCAACAAAAUUUACCUAUUUCAGAC